AUGGCGGCAACGAUGGGCAUGCUGGCCAUCCCGCUGGAGCUGGUCCACGGGAUCCAGCUUACCGGUAACCGCACCAGUCUGGUCCUCCGCCUCGACUCGUUGUCGUUCGCUGCCUCGUCGCUGCUGGUCACCGACCUCGAGCUCGAGCUCGAGAUGCGGGCUGACGGACAUUGGCUGCUGGCAACGCAACAGCUGGCCCGGGUGGUGCAGGGGACAGCCAACUCCGCCCCGCUGCUGCGGGCACCGGCCUCGAUGGAUGACGUGCGGCGAAAGCAGGAGAUCAAGGACAGCCGGAUGAAGAUCCUUGUGGGCUCGUUCUUCCUUGUCGCCUUUGCCAUUGCCCUUCUCGUCAUUGCGUCCAAGAUCUGCAGCUCGUUCCGCAACACCGACAUCAACUCGUGCGCGGCCGAUCCACAGCUCAAGACCCUUGCUACCAUUGUGCAAGUCAUCGGUGGUUGGCAUCUGGCACUGGCGGCCAGCGGAGGUGCCGGCGCUGGCUUGCAGUCGCGGUCGCUGCUCAUGAUCUUCCGGAUUCUCCUUGGCAUGACGCUGGUUGUGGACAUGAUCGUCGGAGCCGUCAUUCUCGCCGCAGGCGUCAACGGGACCGUGGUAGCCAUUGUGCUCGUCAUGCUCUUCCUCAUCCCGCUGGGCGGUUACGGCUCUUGCUUCUGCUGCGCUGGCUCCAUGUCCCAAGGCAUUCGGUACUUUGAAGAGGCUCAGAUGGCUAGCCGAGGCAUCAACAGCUGA